UCUCUGUAACUACUCCCUGAGUUUACUAAUCAGAUAACCUUCAUUUCUCAGACUGCUACAUAAACUUCCUCAACCUGCUACUCGGACUCCCUUAGUAUGUUACAGAGACCCCAUGUUACUCAGACUCCCUCAGUCUGUUACACAGACCCCAUGUUACUCAGACUCCCUCAGUCUUUUACACAGACCCCCUGUUACUCAGACUCCCUCAGUCUGUUACACAGACCCCAUGUUACUCAGACUCCCUCAGGUUGGUACACAGACUCCAUGUUACUCAGACUCCCUCAGUCUGUUACACAGACUCCAUGUUACUCAGACUCCCUCAGUCUGUUACACAGACCCCAUGUUACUCAGACUCCCUCAGGUUGGUACACAGACUCCAUGUUACUCAGACUCCCUCAGUCUGUUACACAGACUCCAUGUUACUCAGACUCCCUCAGUCUGUUACACAGACUCCAUGUUACUCAGACUCCCUCAGUCUGUUACACAGACCCCAUGUUACUCAGACUCCCUCAGUCUGUUACACAGACCCCAUGUUACUCAGACUCCCUCAGUCUUUUACACAGACCCCCUGUUACUCAGACUCCCUCAGUCUGUUACACAGACCCCAUGUUACUCAGACUCCCUCAGGUUGGUACACAGACUCCAUGUUACUCAGACUCCCUCAGUCUGUUACACAGACCCCAUGUUACUCAGACUCCCUCAGUCUGUUACACAGACCCCAUGUUACUCAGACUCCCUCAGUCUGUUACACAGACCCCAUGUUACUCAGACUCCCUCAGUCUGUUACACAGACCCCAUGUUACUCAGACUCCCUCAGUCUGUUACACAGACCCCAUGUUACUCAGACUCCCUCAGGUUGGUACACAGACCCCAUGUUACUCAGACUCCCUCAGUCUGUUACACAGACCCCAUGUUACUCAGACUCCCUCAGUCUGUUACACAGACCCCAUGUUACUCAGACUCCCUCAGUCUGUUACACAGACCCCAUGUUACUCAGACUCCCUCAGGCUGAUACUCCAUGCGUAAUGCUUUAUUUCCCCCCAUUCUAUCUCACUCUUUUGCUCUCCUCCCUCCCUACAGGUGAGUUGUCACUGAGCAUGAUUGACAAGGUGCAGGGUACACAGGCCCAGCUGUGGAAAUUCAUAGG